AUGUUUGGUAGACUUUUAAUUCUUGGGAUUCUGUUCCACCUUGUUUACUUGAAGUCCAUCUUUGACAUCUACUUUGUGACGCCUCUGGCUCAUGGAAUGGGACAGUAUGAAGCUGGACAACCACCUGCGAACCGUCUUUUUCUGGUUGUUGGUGAUGGAUUGCGUCCAGACAAACUUUUUCAACCUCACCCUGAAAGCAUCGUUGGAAAGGGUCAGACGUACGCUGCACCAUUCUUAAGGUCUAUCGUUUUAGAAAAUGGUACCUUCGGAAUCUCACAUACGAGAGUUCCGACGGAAUCUCGCCCUGGUCAUGUUGCUUUGAUUGCUGGAUUUUAUGAGGAUGUGUCUGCUGUUACCAAGGGCUGGAAGACGAAUCCUGUAAACUUUGAUUCUGUGUUUAAUCAAAGUCGUCAUACGUUUUCCUUUGGUUCGGAAGAUAUCCUUCCUAUGUUCUCUGAGGGAGCUUCCGAUCCUGCUCGUGUAGAUACCUUUAUGUAUGGUCCUGAACUCGAGGAUUUUUCCGGUAGUGGAAUUGUGACAGAUGAGUGGGUAUUUGAUAAAGUCGACAAGCUUUUCGAGGAUUCUUAUACUGAUCGUAAGCUAUGGGACUUACUCCAUCAGGAUAAAAUCGUUUUCUUUUUGCAUCUUUUGGGAAUUGAUACCAUUGGACACAAUAAACAUCCAGAUUCAAUUGAUUAUAUGCAAAAUAUCCAAUACAUCGAUCAAGGAAUAAAGGAACUCGUUGGAAAAGUUAAUCGCUACUACGAGGACGACGGCGCAUCUUCUUGGGUUUUCACAGCCGAUCACGGGAUGAGUGACUAUGGAAGCCACGGAGACGGUGCUCCGGAGAAUACCCGGACGCCAAUCGUUGCUUGGGGUGCUGGUCUUAACAGUCCAACCUAUGAGAAAGGCGUAGGCCAUGAUGAAUUUUCUGCCCCAUGGAAUUUGUCAAGUGUAAAGCGCGUAGAUAUUCGGCAAGCUGAUGUUGCUGCACUCAUGUCGUACUUAAUUGGUGCUAAUUUUCCUGUGAAUUCUGUGGGCCAGAUUCCGUUAGAUUUUUUAAAUUGCAGUAUGAAGAGAAAAGCUGAAAUUUCUUUAAUGAAUGCUCUAGCAAUCGGUGAACAGUAUAAUCGUAAGGCUUUCCUCAAGGCUAAUAGCAGUUUCCAUUUCCGACCCUACGCUCCUUUAAAAGCUUAUGAGGCCUCGAAACAGCAUAUUUUAAAUCUUGUGGAAAACCACAUUCAAGAAAAUAACUUUAAGGAAGGAAUUCUUGCCAGCAUAGAAUUUUCAGAAAGCGCUCUGCAGGGUCUAAGAUAUCUUCAACGGUACGAUUGGUUUCUGUUACGAUCGAUAGUACUUCUUGGCUAUCUUUCUUGGAUUACCUAUGUGAUAUCCUUUGUUUUUAGUAACAACACGCAUCCUGAAAUGAAACAGAAAAACUGUAUAUCUGUUUUCCAGAGAGUUAUAUUUAACUUGCCACUGCUAAUUGUAUCUUCGUUCUUCUAUCAUCAAUCAAGCCCAUCCUUCUAUUACGCGUAUGCGGCAUUCCCGACUGUCUUUAUCCAAUUAAUAUAUUCCGACUUUCCUAAUGUCAAGAUGGGUUACAGAAAACUUAUAGAAGACGAGAAGAUAAGCAAUGGAUUCUCUGUGUACAAUAUUGUAUCCAUUGCUUUGUAUAUCUUCGGUUUGCUGCAAUUCGUUGUAUACAGUUAUUUCCACCGUGAAGGGUUCUCGGUAUUUUUGAUCAUCUUUGCCGCUUGGCCUUGGUUUCUUCAUACCGACUUUGCUUUACUCCAUAAAUCUUUGGUUAACACAUGGUCCUUGUUGAACAUCUCGUUGUGCUCUUUUACUUUAUUACCGGCAACUAAAAAGGAAUCACUGCCAUUAAUUUGCUUGGGGGGUUUGGCAAUGAUUACCGUGGGCGGUUCAUAUAUUGUCUAUCGGAAACGACAAAUUUAUCAAAUGAACUCGACUGUGAAGAAUUCUCACCUUGCAUCUCAAAUUUUGAUUCUAAUUAUGUCAUUCGUCGUGACAUUAAAGUUGACAGAUUCUUUGCAGAAAAAUGUGCCCAUCUCGCCAUGGCUAAGAACGUUCGCUUCCUUCUUGCUGAUUUCUUCGUAUAUUGUACCCCUCUUGAAAAUACCAGGAUGCAAUCAUUACUAUUUAGACCGUUUAGCAGUGCUGUUUUUGAUGUUUGCUCCAACAAUGUGUAUGUUGUCGAUAUCAUUUGAAUCCUUGUUUUACGUGGCUUUUUUCUUGACACUUGGACUAUGGACACAGUUGGAAGCGAAGCUUCAAGAACAUAUGAAGCUGAGCAUGGACAGCAGUGGUAGAAGGCUCAAAUGCAAGCUUGGCUUAACUGUUUCUCACUUUAGAGUGUCCCUAUUUUUUUACAUAUUUUUAAACAUUGCCUUUUUCGGAACCGGCAAUAUAGCAUCGUUAUCCUCAUUUGCCCUUGAUUCUGUCAAGAGAUUGAUUCCCGUCUUUAAUCCAGUGGCUCAAACUGCUCUGUUACUUUAUACAAUCAUUAUCCCUUUCGUCGCCCUGUCUGCCGCCUUUGGAAUUAUGAACAAGAGAUUAGGAGGGAUUCAGCAAAUUACCUUUUUCUUGGCGAUCGGUAUGGCAGACUUCGUUACUAUCAACUUCUUCUAUCUUGUGAAAGACGAAGGUUCAUGGCAAGACAUUGGCAUAAGUAUAAGUCACUUCUGCAUUAGUAAUUUGUUGAUUUUGUUCAUUAUUAUUUUAGAGCGUGCAGGUGCUAUACUUUCAGCGAAAGUUUCAUACCAUUGUUACGAAAAAAUCAAAGCUAACUGA